AUGGUGAAAUGGCUGCAAGAUAAACAAAUACCGUUUAGUCCCGACUUGCGAAAAUGGGAAAUCUAUGAAGUUAUAAAGCUACAUAAACCACCCCAGCCAAAAUAUGCAAUCGAUGCAAGGGCGGCCGAAUUAGGAUACUCGGUGAUUCGGCUUCCGCCAUACCACUGCCACUACAACCCCAUAGAGAUGGUAUGGGGGUAUCUCAAAGGGUACGUAAAAGAAAGAAACAAGACUUUUAAGUUGGGUGACAUCCAGAAGCUGUUCAUGGAAUCAAUCAGCACCGUCACGCCAGAACAGUGGAAGAAGUACGUGGACCACGCCAAGAGAUCUAUCGACGCCGACUGGACAAGUGAGGGGCUGAAUGACUCUAGCAUCCAGGACUUUAUCAUCAACUUGUGUCCAGAUGACUCCGACGAUGGAUCAAGUGACAUUGAUGACGUGUCUGAUGAAGAUCUGGAUAUUUGUCCUUUAGACUAG